AAAACAAAAACAAUAUUUUAUAAAAUCACAUACAAUAAUUUAUACAAAUCUAAUGGUAUCAAAAUCAAAGUAUGUUAGUUAAAAUUAAUCUAUCUACGUUCUAUUUAAUUUAUGUGACUUGGAGUUGGAUUUUGAAGAUACCGUACACAUUUUUACGCAAACUUCAUGGUAAUUGGUAAGUUACACUCGUUUAACUAGAUCGCGUUUAUGAGACAUCUGGAUUGUAUGAGCCGACUCACGGCAACUACCCUGUGUUAACUCGGACCCAUGAGAGAGAAAACGACGUCGUCGCCUUCUUUGGAACGUAAUCCCGUUGGUUAGUCUACGGUGAAGGGUCCAGAGGAGAACCGAUCUAAUGGAAAUGUUUGUGGUCAACAGUCGAAAUCACCGUAUGAUGUGCGAUCCCUGCAUCAUCCAACGGCUUGGAACUGGCUUGCAUGAUCAUAAUGAUAACACUCCCUGUCUACCUCUUUUACACCCUAGAAGCCUGGGCAUCCCGAUUUUGAAACGGAUACUGACGCUGGAUUCAUCGGACACAAGAUCGAUUAAAGAGAGCGACGGCAGCGGCCUCCAGUCAGCAAAUCACAGACCUCCAUCGCAGAUAAUCUCGUGAUGCUUGGUGGUUUUCAGAUCUGCUGCCGGAACCGGAGGAGCAUGGUGAAUGGAACAUCGUAGAAGCAGGCGAGCGGUGAUGAGAGACCGAGACCAUAGGACUGCGAUGCAGAGGUUCCGUCAGGGGGCGAUCUCGGCUGUUGGAUCGGUGAAGAUUAAGCUUCUGAUCUGCAGCUGCAUCGCUUUCUCGGUGUUCGCGCUCGUCAGCCGCACCGCGGAUUCUAUGCGAUGGAGUCGUCGUACUGAUACCCUCGAUAUCUACCCUGUUUCAAGGAGGGGUUAUAAUAUUGUGAUUAACACUUGGAAGAGAAAUGAUCUUUUGAAGCAGUCCGUCUCCCACUAUGCAUCGUGUUCUGGGCUUGAUUCUAUACAUAUUGUGUGGAGUGAGCCUGAUCCUCCAUCAGAAUCUUUCAUUAAAUUUCUGCACCAUGUUGUGCAUUCUAAUUCCAGAGAUGGUCGAAAAAUCGUAUUGAAAUUUGAUAUCAAUAAGGAAGACAGCCUGAACAACAGAUUCAAAGAAAUUAAGGAUUUGAAGACAGAUGCUGUCUUUUCGAUUGAUGAUGAUAUUAUAUUUCCUUGUUCUUCCGUAGAAUUUGCUUUCAAUGUCUGGCAGAGUGCACCAGACACAAUGGUAGGAUUUGUUCCCCGUAUGCAUUGGAUUGAUCAAUCGAAAGGCAAUACAGGUUCCUAUGUUUAUGCUGGAUGGUGGUCUGUUUGGUGGACGGGUACAUACAGUAUGGUACUUUCGAAGGCAGCUUUUUUCCAUAAAAAGUAUUUCAGUCUGUAUACGAAUGAGAUGCCAGCCUCAAUCAGAGAAUUUACAACCAAAAACAGGAACUGUGAAGAUAUUGCAAUGUCAUUCCUUGUUGCAAAUGUGACUGGUUCUCCCCCUAUAUGGGUGAAAGGUAAGAUAUUUGAGAUUGGUUCAACUGGAAUCAGUAGCUUGGGAGGUCAUACUGAAAAACGAUCCCAGUGUGUGAACAGAUUUGCCAUGGAGUAUGGACGAAUGCCCUUGGUAUCUACUUCCAUGAAGGCUGUAGAUAGCAGGAGCAGCUGGUUUUGGUGAUGCUGGAGUUUCUCCUACACUCAGUUGUUGAUUUUCCUCAGAUUUUGUUCUGCUGGUUGGGCAAUUCCAAUUCUUCUUUUUCCUACUUGUAUAAUACUGAAGUUCUAUCAAAUUUACGCCAUUUUGAAGAUAGAAGCUGAUUCAGCAUUUUCAUUUAGGAUGAUAUCUUGUAUUCUUUAUAUAGUAACUUGAUGGGCAGUCGCCAUUUUUGACAUUUCUCAUCAUUGUCAGUUUAAUUGAACACGCUAGGGUUUUACUUGCAGAA